AUGACCGUCAUCGUGCAUUCGAUCACGCACGGACGACCUGCUUCACUGGACGAUUCGAUUCCUGGCUGUGAUAAUUACUGAGGCCCGUUGCGCCCAUACACGCGGGACAUACAUCGCAAUGAUCACCAAAAUGACAGUACCGAGAUAGAAUCGUGCCGACAGGCAUCCCAAGAUCCACGGAACGGAUUAUAUUGGUACGUGGUGAUAGUCCGAGGACGACAACGAGAGUAAAGACGAUCGUCGUCGUUAUCGCGUAAGAAUCUCACCUUGGAAGUCUGUUUUCUGUUCGGCCACGGGAAAACCUUUUGCGAGUCCGUGUCCGAGAAUACAACUUAACCUUUAUUGCGUUUGACAUAUGUAACUGUAACGAGUACACGAAUGAAGAGGAAGAGACGACGUAAUUGUAAACAAAGCCCGUGUUAAGGGAGAACCAUGGCUUUCCCACCUUUAGUCAGCUCUACGCCACCGCCCUUAGACAACUUUGGAGAGUCUGAUGAAGACGAAUUCGGAGAUUUUACAGCUGGUGGAAUAGAUGGUCUAUCUGUUUCAUCAGAGUCCCCUCAGAAACUCAUCACUCCGAUACAAACACCAGUAGCAUCACAGAAUGUAUCUCCUCGAUUAAACGGUCACCAGAUUAACGAGUCACCAGUAUUGGAUAAUUGUCCUAAGAUAAACGAAACAAAAUGUGGUGUCAUAAAUGAUCUGUUGAUCGUCGAGAAGGCAGGCAACAAUGUGAGCCACAUAAGAUUGAAGGAUAGAACAGAUGAUAGUAACGUAUUGGAAAAUAAUUUUGAAGACGCUAGUGUAACAGAAUACAAUGUAUUAGAUUCACCCAGGAAUGGCGAGUCGCGUAAUGUUGAGAUUAGUAAUAGUGUUGAUCAUGUUUGUACUCAGAAUGUUUUAGUUAAGAAAAAUUUUGUUGAUACAGAUGUAAUUAGUAGCAACAAUAGUAGUUUAGCUGAUAGCGUAAAGACAGUUAGUGAGCAGGAAGGAUCGUCAAAUGAUUUGGAGGCGAAUGACGAGGUUGAACCUGUGAGUUUAGACUUGGAAGAUCCUACGAGUACGCCGGACAUAUUACAACAACUGGACGACGAUUUUUACAAUUAUGAACAGUUUAAAGAUUCCAACGAAUGGAACGACACUGUUAGCGAUAAAAAGGUGGAUGUAACGGUUCUGCAAACGGAUUAUUUGAAUGAUAAGCCUAAUUCCAUGGACACAGAAUGCAAUGUAACGGAUGAAGUUGGAGAAAAUUACACAUACGAGAAUGAAACUUGUGUCAUUGAUACUAAUGAUAAAUCUGUCUUCAUCAAUGAUGAAAGGACAAUUUCUAAUUUUGUUAUCUCUCAAGAACAUAAUGUAGGCGGUACUGACAUUUUUAGACAACCGGACUGUGAAUUCAGUAUUCAGCCGAAAUACAUAAAGAUGUACGAUGUAAUAUCUAACACUGAGACGAGUAAUGAGAAGUCGAAUAAAACUAUAGAUGAUUCUUUUAAUUUCGAUUUCACUUUCGACGACGAUGCUGUGAGAGAGGAAUCAAAUUUAGAUCAUACAUCCGUACAUGCGCAUACUGAAGACAUUCACCUUCGAAAUUCUAGUAAAAAAAGCGACGCGAGUACUUUUCCUAAUAAUUUCUGCGAUAUAGCUGAUGUAAAAAAUACUAUACAAUCAAAAGAAAACGAAUAUGUAGCCGUAGAAACGAAAAAUCAAACUGUUCAAAAAGUAGCUGUGAAUGGGAUAAGUGAGGAAAUUUCUGCUAAGAAAAAAGAGUCGAAUAAUGAAGAGAUACACAAAGAUUACAUUCCGGAAAACGGUUUUGAUGCACACGAUCCAGAUAAUUCUGAUUUUACAGAAUUUAUGGAGCAUAGAGAUUUUAAUGGUGUAUCGGAGUUGACAAAUAACUACAAUUUAAUAUCCAAUAAUAGUACAUACGAGAUAGUACAAAUUCACGGUUUACAUACAUCUUCAUCUGAAGCGUCUUGUAUACAAAAAUUUUCACCAAUUAAAGGAGCUUCACUGCCAUCUAUUAAUACAUCUCUCGACUGCUUAAAGGAUAAAAUUAAUAUUACGAAUAAUACGGGCGAAGAAUGUGCCACAUUUAAAAGCGAAAAUUCUGUAGUAUAUUUUAGUAAUGGUGAAUUUUAUGAUUUUCCUUUACGAACAACAGAGCCGGUAGCAACCAGAGCACAAGAAGAUAAUUGUCCCGGAUUCGAAAGUGCGGAUAAUGAAGAUGAUGAUUUUGGUGAUUUUACUAAUUUUUCGAGCACAACGGUAGAAUGGAAAUCUGACGAUGCUAAAGAACUGAAGGUACCUGAGGACGAUGAUGAUUUCGGAGACUUUAGUAAUUUUGAAACAUCAACGGAUGUAGUAGAAACACAACAGUUUAGUUUAAAAGAAUCUAUAUGUCGGAUAGAAAACAAGAAUGCUGCGAAUAAAAUAGAAGAUAUAAUAACAAAUAUGUUUUCUGUGCUUUCUGAACAUCACGAAGUUGAGUUAAAAGCCUUAAUAGAUAAAGCAGAUAAAGUUUGGCAGAAUGUGAAGAGCGUGGAAGAAACCAAUGCUCUCACUUACCAAUGGGCGAAUAGUAGUAGUAACAAUGUUCUUUUGAAUUCUCUUGGCAUCGAUUCUCGGAAUAUUCUAUUUGGACCAAGAUGGAAUCCGAAUAUACCAAGAUUUGCUGCAAAUCUUGGUUUUACUCCGUUAGAGCCAAUUAAAGCUACUGCUGAGUCUCAGCAACCUUCUGCAGCCAAUACCAGCAAGAUACAGGGUGCAAUUUGUUCAGAUGAAGUACCUGCCGCCCAAUUUGAUUGGAAUAGUUCUGGCCUUGUAAAUCCUCUAGAUGCUAGUGGUGGGUUAUCCGCUCUUCUGCCUCUGGAUUUAUUGUGUCCGUUUGAUCCUCUACUAACACCCCAUUGCUCCACACAUUCCGAAUCCUAUCAUCAGUCAUCUUGCUCAACGAACUCCGUUUAUUACUAUUCAUCAGAAGCAGUUGUACAAGAACCAAGCCAAUCCAUAAAAUCGCAAAAUUUAUCCGAUCUCACUUACAGUUCAUUAAAACAGCAAAAAUCAUCCCAGAUGUCCAAGAUAAUAGAACCAUUACCAGGACCCUGUACAGUGGAAUGGAAGAAAAAAACCGAACAAGACAUUGGAAUUAAGCAGAAAAGCAACUCUUCACAUCGAGUAUUGAGAAAUGUCCAUCUAACCAACAAUAAGUCAUUUCCAAUAAGCAAUAAUACUUCCAGGGUACAUGAAUAUCACAGAAAGAUAUCAGUAGGUAAGAAAGAGAAUACGCAAGGUACGGAGCACGUAGUCGUGGAUCGAUACGGGAGACCGAUGACCGUGCAAGCCGAGACUAUAAAAGUUCUGAAUCAGUUACCGGACCUGUCGUUCUUGAAUGCGAGAACUUUAUUGUUCAAUCGCGAACAGAGACAGAUCGUGCCGGAUCUGGGCGCUAUGAUAAAUCGGAAGAUGCCCGGCUGAGUAACAUCGGUCUGAAUGCGAGUUUGAAAGGGCAAACGCGAGAGGAAACUUCCCAGAGAACCUAUUGCCAGCUGGAUGUUUCUAAGUGACCCAUACAAUCAAAACGUACUUCUGCUACCUUUCAAACCUGUGUUCAGACCAACCUUUAAUCCAACCUUGACUCUUCCACGUCAGGAAAGGAUAAUGAGAUGCCACGUAUGAAAGACACUGUCCUAUAUUAAUCUAUUUGCUUGCGGCACCGAAUAAUGCACUUCGACAUUCCGAAUCAUCAUUGUUUUGUGAUUUUAUAGCGCUAUUGGUAUUGUUACUGAAUCCUUCAAAGUCUUUACUUUGUUACGCAAUUACGAUUUAAUGUUGUACUGAUCAUUUAAGAAAUGAUGACAUGUAAGUUUGUUUCGUUAACUCAACAGUUGUGUAAUCUUUAUUAAAGACGACAAUUUUUCGUUACUUACAUAGAUAUAAGAACUCACACACACAUUCGGCCAUAUUCUAGUCUACAGUUCUUAAUGAUAAGUUUUCUGUAUUAUAUGUUAGGAGAGAUUUGUUCGAUAUGUUUAUUUCCGAUGAUAAUUGCAGGCAAUUAAAUAGCGCCAGAGUAUUAUACUCGUUUGUAUUGUAUUUCAAAAAUUUAUCUACUAAUAUUCUGGAAUUACUUUUAGAAGAACCAAUCUGAAUAUUUAUCUUGGAUUCAUUUCUAUUAAUGUAGACUAACUUUAAUUUCAGUUCAAUUGACUCUUCAUCUUUUUCUACUUCUUAGGAUUAGAAAAAGAUGAAAAGUAAGUUAAACUGAGAUCAAUUAAUCUUCAUUAGUGAGAAUGGACAUUAUACAUUCAAGAAACUGCGCGCGUACUUUGUACGACAUUGAUAUGUUACAAUUUCAAGCAAUCGUAAAUAUUUCCAGUCAUAUAGAAAGAGAACACAUACUUUAUCUACCCAAAAUAAAAACUAUAUACUAAUUGUAAGUCAAUUAUCGUAGAUUGACGAGAUUGAUAUCUGUAAUGAAAUCGUCGAGUGAUACAUUUAUCAAAUUCGCUUGAUGCUUUUAUUGCACAUUUUGAAUUUCUACUAUGAAACGUGAUGUACUUAAUUAUGUAAAUUUCGGCAUUUGCAUAUUGAUUAUUAGAACGAAACGAUAAAUAUUAUUACCAUUAUUCGUUAUUUAUUAAUAAUAAUAUUGUAAUAUAUAUUUUAUGUAAAAUAUUGUGGAUAACAUUAACACAUAGGCAAUCUUUAAUGAUCGAA